GCCGCCGCGGACGGACAGCAGCCGCGGUGGCAUUACGCGCCCCGACACCGUGUACGCCGGUAGUCACGAGCACUUUAUCGGCCGCGCCGCUACCAACACCGUCUCUGCAUCGCCGCGAUCUCGGGCCGCUGAGAUAACACCACACCAUACGACGACAACAGCAACCACUGAGUACAUCGUUACACAUACACAUAUUACACAUAUCGUCAUCAUCAGCCCUCGGCCGAGACAAUCGUGUCUGUGUGCGCGAUGUUAUUGUAACAAGUGUCGGACGACGGUCGUGCGGUGGUGGGGCGAUGAGUGAGAGGGCGGAAGAAACGAAUGCAUCACGUGCUGCGGUAUAUACCGCUAUUACCUACAAAUGCGCCAAUUGAUCAAACUUGCCGCCGCGUACCUGUGCAAUGAAAGGCGGGCUAGCCGGGGCCACCGGUCUUUUUACUCAAGCCAAAAAACUGCAGUUGCAAUCCACCCGCCGAUCGUCGUCACACCUCGACACAGGGUACGCGCGUAAUAUCAUCGAUAUUUUAAUAUUAUCGUAUGAUAUCGCGUAUUUAUCGUUAAUAAUAAAAUAUAUGUAUCACGGAUACGAGGACACCACCAUGAGGGCCAGCUGUUAUCAAAGGUACGAUUCCUUCGCGAUGGACAAUAAUUGCAGCGACGCGCGUCGACAGUCAAUGGAAACAAAAAUGAUAAAGGAAGAAGCGAUUGAACGGGAUUCCGGUAUUCUCACAGACGAUCCGGCUAUAAAUAACAACAACAACCAGGAAUCCGCAUUCAGAAUUCACAUUCGUAAAUCAAAAAUCAAAUCCAAAGAUGCUGGCUUCUCGUCGACGUCAACCAGCGAUUCGUCGGGCGAACACUUGCUGAGCCCCACGCACCCGUUACCGGCCCGAAUCGACGUCGAAUCUGAAAGUUCGAGUCCGCCGUCCGACACGUUUAGGAAUCACUCCAAGCUCAAGAGAUUUCUUACCACAUUGGUGCAAUUCAGUGGACAAAUAUCACCACAGACUAGUGAACGAGUUAAGGGUCAAAUAUUCACCCUAGUGAACAAUUUGAUAAGUGUUGAAGAAUUUCAUCAUAAUAUUCAAGAAAUGACAAACUUUCCAUUACGACCAUUCGUACUGCCGUUUUUAAGGACUCACCUACCUUCACUACAUCGUGAUCUGCUGUUAAUGGCCCGUAACAACAAACAGGUAAAGCACUUCAUUGCAAGUAGAUGUUAUAGCAAAAUUCAUAAACAAUGACAAAUGACAAUCAAU